GAUCCACAUGGAAAUGACUGUUGGGCUCACACACAGUUGCCUGAAUCGCAGGGAUCGGAGCUUUCGUUCUCUUUCAGGACAUUAAGACGAUUUCUACUUGCUGUACGUGGACAUGGAAACAUUAUAAGAAAAUAGCAGUAGAAACCAGAGCAGCGUUUGCCUGAGGAGGGUUUUUUUUAAAGGCGCGGGGAAGCUGCACACGCGACACUUUGUUGCUGUUUUGAGAGGAGCCGAGGAAAGGAGAGCGGGCACAGGAUCUGAAGCGUGCUAGAGGGUGUGCGAGGGGGACAGCCCGGACAGGAAGAAGCCGAAGCACUAACACUAGCGGAUGAACAGAUUGUACAAGAGGAAAGUAUGCUGCAGACCAUUUAUGAGGGCAACUCGUGUUUUUCAACGGAACGCAACUACCAGCGCCAGCGGCUUGUCUCACAGCAAGACAUGCGCAACGUCAACGAUUCAGUGAACAUGAAGCCAGAUGUGGUGAUGAUGUCACCGCCCGUGUCACCACUGGACCUUCGUACUGAUGUGAGGCUACCAGGUCUGGGCUCCGGCUCCGAGUCGACUCUGUGGGACCAGGAGCAUCUGAAGGUGUCGGGCGCUUCUGAGACGGCGCUGUGGGAGCGCCAGCUGCAGGAGGAGCUCCUGCUGAUCCAGAAGCAGCAGCUGCUGCAGAAGCAGCUCCUCAUCAGCGAGUUCCAGAAGCAGCAUGACAGCCUGCUGCGCCAGCACGAAGCUCAGCUCCAGGAGCACCUCAAGCUCCAGCAGGAGAUGCAGACCAUGAGGCAGCAGCAGGAGCAGCUGCAGAGAGAAAAGCAGCAGGAGCAGCAACAGCAGAGAGCAGAGCAGGAGGAGCAGCAGAGCCAGGAGAGGAGAGAGGAACAGGAGGCCCUGCUGCACCACAACACCCUCAGCACCUCCCUCUCCUCCCUCAGAAGCCGAGAACGCAACCGUGCUGACGGUGCCAUUGCCAGCCCUCAAGUCAAACAAAGACUUCAAGAGUUUCUUCUAAGCAAGUCAACAAAAGACAUUCUACCAAAUGGAGCUCUGCCCAACGGACUCAGCCCAAAACAGUGGUAUAUUGCAUCUCGGCAUACAUCUCUGGACCAGAAGUCCUCUCUUGGAGAUCCACUACAGCCCUCCUUGUCACUACCCCAGGAUGGCAAAGAUGACUUCCCUCUGCGGAAGACAGCUUCAGAGCCCAACCUGAAGGUUCGAUCUCGGCUGAAACAGAAAGUUGUUGAGAGGCGGAGUAGCCCUCUUUUGAAGAAAAAUGAAGGGACCAUCACAACUCCCUUCAAAAAGCGAGCUUUGGAAUAUCUAGAUUCAAAAGAGAUCCACGCCUCCUGCCCUGGUCCAGUCUCACCCAAUGGAGCCCACAGUGCUGCUGGAACUCACAAUGGCCACUCAACACUGCCACUCAUCUCUGGCACCGAGCAGAUGCCCUCCCAGCCAAGACUACUAGGAGCUGAUGGCUGUGUUUCUGUGCUGAGCCUCUACACGUCGCCCUCGCUCCCCAACAUCGCCCUGGGACUGACAGCAGCAACCUCCCCGAUCAGUGCGAUACCCGGUGGUAGUGGAGGGUCGUCAGUGGUGCGGCAGGGCUUGCCCACCAAGCUGAUGGGGCCUGUGCCCCUACCAUCAGCCCCAGUGGAGUACAAGGCCAGCAGCCAGCAGGCACUGCUGCAGCACCUGCUACAGAGGGAGCAGAUACGCCAGCAGAAGAUGAUCAUCUCCUCAGGUCAGUGCCCUGCGUCUCCACAGUCUCUGUCCCCGGUCGACACCAAGGAGCAGGCCGGGGGGGCCAAGCUUCCCCGUCACCACCGGCCCCUGAACCGCACCCAGUCCGUGCCCCUGCCCCACGACACACUGGCACAACUCGUCACCCGCCACCAGCACUUUCUGGACAAGCAGAAAUUUUACCAAGACCACGGCUCCUUCAGCAAGUUGCUGUCUCCAUCCAUUGAGCAAGCGAGACAAGUCAGCAUGGUCCACUUGGAGGAGGCCAAAGAGGAGCAGGAGCAGCAGCAGCAGCAGGAUGAUGCAGAGCCACAGGAGAAGAGCGUGCAGCUCGAGCAGAGACCGCCCUCUAGUGGAGUCAUACGGAAGCACAGCAGCACCCUGAAUGGCACCACAUGUCUCACGACCAGCCCUCGUCAUCACCUCACAAACUGUCACAGUAACCCCAACAUCCACAGCGCCACAGCGGCUCAUGAGGUGGUCAAAGUCAAGGAGGAGGAAGGAGCCAUCAGUGAUGAUGAUGAUGUUGGUGGAGAUGAAGAGGCGCUGCCCAGCCGGGAUGACAAGCCGUCUGCCUACCAGCCGGAGGUGAAAGGGCGGGUGGUGAUCCGCGCUGCAAUCUGAUGGACUCCCGUCGGUUUGAGAGGGAGGGUAUGCAGCGUAGACCAGGGGCUGGACAUGUUUGUCACUCAAAGAGCCAUUUUGACCAUUUCUGAGAGUAAAUGAAACUGUGGGAGCCACAAAACCCUUUUGACAAUCAAAACGGACCGCAAUCUGAGACUGCUGUCAUUUGGAGAAGGGAGACGGCAACCCAAAGUACUAAAACGUGACUUCACAGAACUGUGUUGAGGUUGUCUUUCCGGAAACAAGAUCUUAAGUUUUGUGUAUAUUUACAGUAAGGGGUUUGACGGCUCAUUUAGAGGGCUCUGGACUUUGUACAGUAACAUACAGUAGUUCUAAAAAUCUUAGGAAAAUGUAUUGUCCAGAGAAGCCCAAUAAUUUCAAGGAUGAAUGAAUGAAAUUGAGAUGAUGAUGAUGAUGUUGAUUUUAGUGUAAGGAGAACAAGUCUAUAAUGUCAUUAUGAUCCUAUUCAUUUCUGACAGACAGACAAGGAUGAGGCUGUCGUAAGAAGGCUUGUUUUCCUCUUGGUGGACACCCUGUAAGUUUAUCUCUGGAUGCUCUGGACGUCUCAGCUAAUGAAGUAUAAAGUAAAUAUUAUCUUGUGUAAAUACUGUGAAAAGAGUGUGGGCUACUUAUUUACUUGUGGCUUUCAAUUUAAAAGGGUUCUUUCUCUUUUCAUUAAGAGAUACUGUACUUACAUGGCAGAGGACAUACAUAUGUAUAUAUAAAUAAAGAAAUAUAAUUGUAACAUACUGUACAAU